UAAAACUAUCUAAAAUGGGCAUUAUAUGUUUAUAAUGGAUUAUUUACACUCAUGUAAUAUAUUGAAUAGCACUGUAAUCGAAAAAUAUAUUGAAUAGCACACAUCCUAUAUAUAUAGAUAGAAAACACAAGAAUAGAUACCUCAUUAUGUGCUGGUGAGCAUAAAAAUGGGAAGGAUUGACCGGCGACCCUUCCUCCUAUCAGAAGCCUCCCCCGGCAACCGCGAGCAAAGUCCGGCCGUCCUUGAUCAGAUUAAUGGAGUGGGAAGCACUAAAGCUAACAAGGACGAGGGUGUGGAACUGCCGUUGGGGCGGAGGGUGUGGAGGGAGUCGAAGAAGCUCUGGUACAUACUUGGGCCGUCCAUAUUUGGCCGGGUGGCCGGCUACACCAUGAGCGUUGUAACUCAAGCCUUCGCUGGCCACCUUGGUGAGGUUGAGCUCGCUGCCAUGUCCAUCACCAUCUCCGUCAUCAUCGGCUUCAACUUUGGCCUCCUGCUAGGGAUGGCAAGUGCACUGGAGACGCUGUGCGGGCAGGCUUUCGGGGCGAAACGAUACCAUAUGCUAGGAAUAUACAUACAGCGAUCGUUCGUCGUGCUCUUCCUCUGCUGCUUCCUCCUCUUGCCUGUCUACAUCUUUGCGGCCCCGCUGCUCCGCUUCCUAGGCCAGCCGGACGAUGUGGCAGAGCUAACUGGGAAGCUUGCACUGUGGAUGAUCCCCACGCACUUCAGCUACGCCUUCAUCUUUCCGCUCAAUCGAUUCUUCCAGAGCCAGCUCAAGGCCCCCAUUGUCGCCUGGGCCUCUGUGGCGGGCCUGGUCGCCAGCGUGGCCACCAGCUGGCUCUGCACCUACGUGCUCGGUUUCGGGGUCUUUGGGCUGGCACAGUGCCUGAACCUCGGGUGGUGGGUGACAGCGCUUGGGAUGCUCGUAUACGCCACUUGCGGUGGCUGCCCACUGACGUGGACAGGGUGGUCCGUGGAGGCGUUCUCCGGGCUCUGGGAGUUCAUCAAGUUGUCUGUUGCUUCUGGGGUCAUGCUCUGCCUGGAGAAUUGGUAUUACAAGAUACUGAUUCUGAUGACGGGGCACCUUCAUAAUGUUACGGUUGCAUUGGACGCCUUGUCGAUCUGCAUGAACAUUAAUGGCUGGGAAAUGAUGAUUCCAUUUGCCUUCUUUGCUGCAACCGGAGUAAGGGUGGCAAAUGAGCUCGGAGCAGGGUACGGGAAGGCAGCGAAGUUUGCCACGAUUGUGUCGGUGAUGCAGUCGACCCUGAUCGGGAUCUUCUUCUGCUUGCUGGUAAUGGUCUUACGCAGCAAAAUCGCGUAUAUAUUCACGUCGAGCCCCGAAGUUAUUGAGGAAGUCAGUAAAUUGUCUUAUCUCCUAGGUGCGACCAUUUUGCUCAACAGUAUCCAGCCAAUCCUAUCAGGAGUUGCCGUUGGAUCGGGAUGGCAAGGGUCUGUGGCGUAUAUAAAUCUAGGAUGCUAUUAUGGAAUCGGGCUCCCUCUCGGGCUCCUUCUGGGCUGGGUAUUCAAUAUGAGUGUCAUGGGCAUAUGGGGCGGGAUGAUUUUCGGCGGAACGGCUGUGCAGACGAUAAUUUUAGCUGUAAUAACUAUAAGAUGCGACUGGGAGAAGGAGGCCGAGAAAGCUCAACAGCGGGUAACGAAAUGGUCGACUUCUAAGCCCGACGACGGUGAACAAUACAUUGCACCCUAAUUAAGGCUCCUGUCGACUUGCGACAUUUCUUUCUUUCUUGCUCCUGGCUAGCGAUAGUUUUGCUGCAGAAAUUAAGGAUUACAUCUUAUUGAUUUUGUCAGUCCUUUCGUAAGAUCAAGCUAAUUUUCUCGUCUUGUCUUUCUCGACUUGAUUCGGAAUCGAGAGGGAGUGUCAUUACUCUAAUUUCCAUUUCUCCACAUCGGAGUCUUUUUUAUUUUAUUUUAUUUUUUGUAUUUACUGUCAGCCCACUAUCAGUCAGUGGUGCCUAUUGUAAUUUUUCAAGACUAUAGGCUGCGACUUUCUUUGCCCCUUCCUGCUGACGAGAAAUUAUCCAUCAGUACGUCAUUAUUACCA